GUACUCAGUGAUACUCUCUACCAACAAGCAUCAAUCACCUACUAGAUCUAUAAAGGGGAUUGUUACUUUUAUGACUAUGGCAUACAAGAGUUGAGCUUUGAAGAUUUGCUAUCAUAAGGAAAGUUCUUGCCAGUUUACCACAAAUGGAAUAUGAUUGCUAUAUUUCACAUGCAAAUUCACAAGGAAGCAUUAGUGAGGUCAGAUUUAUCAAUGAAAGCGAGCAAAUCUCAAACAUAUUAUUCUGUAAGACUUUGCCUGCUAGUGAAACAAGUACUCAUGGAGGUUUCUCUGUACCUCGCCGUGCUGCAGAAAAGAUUUUCCCUCCUCUGAUCUGGUCCUUCGGCCGACCUCUUCAAGAGAUCCUGGCAUUGUUCCUUGCAAUCUUAACCCCACCGGUCCAGAAAACUUUGAAGGGAAUGCACAAGCCGGACCUAGACAGACCCCACACAAAGACGUUUGCCAUGUGUGAAGGAAGUUGAUGUCAAUGGGAUAACUAUGAAAGUUAAAUACUGCUACAUCUGCAUGCUUUAUAGACCUCCACGCUGCUCACAUUGUUCAGAUUGCAAUAAUGGUGUGGAUCAGUUUGAUCAUCAUUGCCCUUGGGUUGGACAAUGUAUUGGAUUGGUAAAUUUUUUAGCUUGGUGCCACAAGAAUUUCUAGGGAGAGGGUUCCUUGAGAAUGUUAUGUUCGCUGCGAAAACCCAACCAAAGGAACGACUCGAGAAAGAGUUCGUAGACUGUUGGUUACUAAGUCCCAACAUUACUUGUUUUAGUUUCUUAGGCAAAAAAAUAUGGCUUCAAUUUUCAAAGCUAUAAACGGGUAUAUGUGAUUCAGAUGCAUUCUUGUUUUGUUUCGUUUUUUUUCGUUUUUUUACCUCAGCAAGUACUCAUUUGAUCAUGUAUUUGUCAAUUUGUAUGUAUAGUUUUUGAACCUCACUUAUAAUGAGCAAGGAGCAUGAGCCAUGGGCCCAUGUUUAAAAAAAAAAUACUCUCCACCCUA